AUGCACUGGCAUACACUUCUCUUUCUGGCGCUCACCGGAGCUGGUGAUGCUCUCAUCCGAUUCCAAUGUUCUCAGCUAGUCACUCAGCGACUGGACCCAUUGGUCAGCCCUGGUCUUAUUCCUUCUCCUCAUGUUCACCAGAUUGUUGGAGGUGUGAGUAUUUACGGUCCCUUGAUCAUUUACAACUCAGCUAAACCACGCAUCAUUCUGACGAAAUUAGAAUUCAUUCAAUGCCACGAUGGAUCCCAAGAAAGACAUGCCAGGCGAAUCAUCAUGUACAACAUGUGAGUUCGCCGACGACUUCUCGAAUUACUGGACGGCGGUUCUGUAUUUUCGUGCUAGGAAUGGGACGUAUAAAAGGGUUCCUCAAUUGGCGAAUGCUGGGUUUGAAGGGGCUGCUGGAGGUGGAAUGACCGUGUAUUACAUGCAAGAUCCGGUUUUUCUCUCCCGAGCCAGUCUUUGAGAGACGCAUACUGACUCUCAUGUCCCCUAGUUGUACGAUACUGCACAGAAGGAUAAAGUCCAGGCUUUCAAACCGGUAAGUCCCUUCUGAGAAUUCUUAUCUGCUGGAAUAUACUGAAGUAGAAACUAGGGAUUCCGAAUGUUCAUUGGAGAUAUCUACGCUAGGUCUCUAAAUGAUGCAGCCCGCUUCCGCCAACUGACCUAUACUUGUCUUGACAUCUUCGGUACCCGCGGUCCUGAAACCAUCGCCUUCCCUAACCGAGUCUGCAAAGAAGGAAUCAUGACCUCGCUACGCUUCCCCAACUGCUGGGACGGCGUGAACCUCGAUAGUCCAGACCAGUAACUGCCCUUUCUCCCCCUUAUCUGAACCACGCACUAAUUUUCGAAAGCAUGGCCCACAUGUCCUACCCCUCAUCCGGCACCUUCGAAUCCGGCGGUCCAUGUCCAGCAUCCCACCCCAUCCGCACCUCCCAAGUCAUGUUCGAAGUAAUCUGGGACACCAAGGCCUUCAACAACCCAGACGACUGGCCUGAAGACGGAAGCAACCCGUUCGUCUGGAGCUUCGGGGAUGGAACGGGGUACGCGAAUCAUGCGGAUUACGUGUUUGGAUGGAAGGACGAUAGUUUGCAGCGGAUCUUGGAUACGCCGUGUUAUGUGAAUUGUUCGGCGGUGGCGAGGUUGCAGAGUAUUGCGGAUAUGAAUAGGUGUUCUCAACAGAGGGUUGUGCAGGAGGAUAUUGAUUCUUGUGAGUUUUCUUUUUCUUUUUUUUUCUGCGUGAGAUUCUUUUUGUGCUUUGUUUGGGGGGUUCUGAUGAGGUUUUGCAGGGCUUCCUACUUUACCUGGGGGAUAUCGAGUUGAUCAUGGCUCUGGAUCUUCUAGUACCUCUUAGAUGUUCUUUGAUAUGGCUAGUGUAGGCAGGAUGGUUGGUUUCAAUUAAUCUGCUAGCGCUUAGUUGAUGGGAAAGAGUGUUCAUUUUUAUCUGUCACACAAUCAGUGC